AUGUUGAAAAACUGUGGUGAUCCUGACAAAACAAAAAAGAAAAAAAAAAGCUAUGUAGUACAUGCCAAAUUAAACACAACGCAUUAUGAUACUUCAUCGACUAAUGUUGUGGACACUACAUAUCAAGAUACUGAUGUGGAUACUACUCCUAUAGACUCUACUGCCACUAAUCAAGAUCCUGAAGCCAUCAAUCAAGACCCUGAUUAUGACGAAACCACAACUACUAAAGCAGAAGCACAGUCUGCUACUGUUAUUGCUACUUCAGAAGUUCAUCCUAUUGCUACUUCAAAAGUCAAUCCUACUACUUCAGAAGCCCAUCCUAUUGCUACUACUACUGCAACCUCAGAAGCUCAACCUACUACCACUUCAGAAGCUCAACAUACAACAACAAAAGCAAGAGAAACAACUCCUCCUACUACUACUGCCGCUCCUCCUGCUCCCAUAAACACCGAAAUAGUUUAUACUACCACCACUAAAAAUAAUGCACCUAGUACUACAUCAAGUAUAGAAGAUAAUACUCAAACAACAACUCAUGAACAACCUCCUAUGACUACAAAAAGACCUGCUACUCCAACUACAAUAAUCGCAAGUUCUUCCUCUGAUUCUAGCAACAAUGAAAGUUCUACUAAUGAACCCGCCGCAACUAGUUCAUUAGAUCAGCCACCUGUAAAUACUUCUACUCAAACAGAUGAAGGAAAUGAGCCUACUACUACAUCAUCCUCCUCUUCCUCCUCCUCCUCUUCGAAUCCACUUGCACCUACAUCUUCAGGGGAAAAUGCUCAACAAGAUAAUAAUACACCCAGCAACUCAAAUAAGGCAGGUGUUAUUGCAGGUUCUGUAGUAGGCGGUGUUGCCGGUCUCGUUUUGAUUGGUGGCCUCUUGGCCUUCAUUAUUCGACGCGGAAGAUUAUCAAAUCAUAAAAAUAAUAAGAAAGCCAAGUUCAGUCAAGAUGACUAUACGAUUAAUAUGACUCAGAACGAUUUUGGUCCUAAUUCUCAUUAUAAUAAUACUGCUGCAACAACGACUCAUAAUAUACCAGCAGGUGAAACCGUUGCUUCAAACGAACCUUUAUCACCUUUUGAUCAUACAAACCAUCAUUAUGUGCCACCACCACAACCAGCAGCAGCAGCAGCAGCAGCAGGUAUGCUAUAUGGAACAGUACCAAAUGAUCCUUAUCAUGUGGCAGAUUAUCAAGAAAACUAUAGUCAACCAGGCAGUGAUGGUUAUGGUGGAUACUAUGAUUAUACUCCGCAAGAAGGAACUUAUAAUAAUAAUAAUAAUUAUCAACAUAUGCAUUAUACUGAUGUCACAUCUCCUUCAAGUUCUGGUAAUAUGUCUGAGACUCUCUAUUCUGUUCAAUAUUCUGCUCAAUAUCCAUUGGAUAAACCAAAUGCAAAAGACUUUGAUAGCAAACCAAAUGAGUUGUAA